AAAUAGACCUCAAGAAUUGGGUGCGCCAUCUUUUUGUGGUUAGUAAAGAAGAACAGUUUAGCAAGUUAGAAAUACCGUUAUAGUCUACUGUUAUCUCAAAUUCUAGUGUCUUGUCAAGAUAUAGAGAAAAUGCAGACGAUAAAGUGUGUUGUUGUCGGUGACGGCGCUGUUGGAAAGACCUGUCUCCUGAUCUCCUACACAACCAACAAAUUCCCUCAAGAAUAUGUACCCACAGUGUUUGAUAACUAUGCUGUCACAGUCAUGAUCGGAGGUGAACCAUACACACUAGGACUCUUCGACACAGCUGGUCAAGAAGAUUAUGACAGACUCCGGCCCCUGUCCUACCCCCAGACAGAUGUAUUUCUUGUGUGUUUCUCUGUCAUUGCACCAGCCUCAUUCGAGAACGUCAAAGAGAAGUGGGUACCAGAGAUCACGCACCACUGUCCCAAGACACCCUUCCUGUUAGUGGGCACACAGAUCGAUCUGCGAGACGAUGCCGCCACUCUAGAGAAGCUCUCCAAGGUUAAGCAAAGGCCUAUCACUGUCGAUAAUGGGGAGAAGCUCCAACGUGAACUGAGGGCUGUCAAGUAUGUCGAAUGUUCUGCUUUGACACAAAAGGGGUUAAAAAACGUGUUUGACGAGGCUAUCCUGGCCGCCCUAGAGCCCCCAGAGCAGCCCAAGAAGAGGAGAUGUGCUAUCUUGUAAGAAACUGUUUUUAGCGUUUGUGUUUACAAAAUGCUGUAACGAACUUAAUUAGAGAAUAUUGUUCUGUAUUUGCUUGUUUUAUUACAGGACAUAAUUAUUAUCAUGUUCUUCACCAAUUGGUUACAUUUCGUCUAAGGUUAUGCAUAGCACAUUUAUUACCGAUUUAUUAGCAAGUUACAUCAUCAACAUGUAGUUUGUAGUUGUGUGUAUGUUCAUUUUGUUUGUCUGUGAAUUUGCUCAGAACUUGUGGUCAUCUUUUCUUUACUAGACGAUAUUGUUUGUGUCCUAAAAAAAAACUUCACUGUUGUAUUUAUUAACACAUUAAUUUUGACAA